AUGUUAAACCAACUUUUACUGCUUUCUUCAUUCAUUCUUUACUUUACACAAAUUUAUUUAAAUAUUAUUGUUGUCAAUUAUCCAAGAUUCAUUGAUUUAUUAUAUUCAUUUCCCAUGAGCUUGGCAGAGAUUAUAAAUGUUGAAGAGAAUGAGACAACUUCAACAUCAUUGUCAACUGCUCUCCUUAUAUUGAGGGGUCGAUGGAUACCAGACAGAGUAGAACAAUUGCAAAAAAUAAAUUUGAAUUUCAUUAAAUAA